UCCCCAGUGACCGUUUACCCAAUGAGUCCUUCAAUAAGGAAAGAUCUGAGACGUCCAUAUUUUUAUUAUUAUUUUAUUUUGUCAUCUUCCAUUGGCGAUCUUGGCAUAUCUGUUUUGUAUUACGCAGUAUAAUAGACUAAUUGCAUUAUAUUAUAUAUUUACAUUCGUGAUAGGAAUAUUCGGUUAUGAAUAUUUUCGAUUGAACAGUGGAUUGAGUUCAGUUUCUGAUGAAUCUUGUAAGCGGUGGUUAUUACAAUGAAAACGCAAGUAAAUGGGGUCCAACCUCAAGAUCCGCCACAAAUGCUAUAAAUUUAUUGCUAUUCCGGUUCCGGAUUUAUAGGAGUUUUGUGGGUAGUACCUACUUUGAUGGGUCUUAAUCGCACCCAUUCCAGAUUUCCUACCGUUCUUCAUUCGAAGCCUCUGUUUCCCAGAAAAUUUGAAGCCAUGAAAACAAGAAAGAUUUUUGGGGUUUCUCUUUCUCUCAUUCUUAUAAAUUUGGCUGCUAUAAUGGAGCGGGCUGAUGAAAAUCUCCUUCCUUCUGUUUACAAAGAAGUUAGCGAAGCGUUCAGUGUUGGGCCAUCUGAUUUGGGAUAUCUCACUUUCAUAAGGAACUUUGUGCAGGGGCUAUCAUCACCCCUAGCUGGUGUACUGGUUAUAAGCUAUGACCGUCCUACAGUUCUUGCAAUAGGGACAUUAUGCUGGGCCUUAUCAACAGCAGCAGUAGGUGCAAGCCAGCAUUUCCUGCAAGUUGCAUUCUGGAGAGCAGUAAAUGGCUUUGGACUGGCAAUUGUGAUACCAGCAUUACAGUCUUUCAUUGCUGAUAGCUAUAAGGAUAGUGUGAGAGGCACUGGAUUUGGAUUGGUUAACCUUAUUGGUAACUUGGGUGGUAUAGGAGGCGGUGUGCUGGCAACAAUUAUGGCUGGUCAGCAAUACUGGGGCAUCCCGGGAUGGCGCUGUGCCUUCAUCAUGAUGGCAACAUUGAGUUCAAUAAUUGGGUUUCUUGUUUUUUUAUUUGUUGUUGACCCAAGGAAAACAAUUGGAGUCCCCCAUGACAGUCACGAAAGUUCUGAUAGGGACGAAUUAAUAGAAAAGAGCAAUUCUAGCACAUCAUCCAUUUGGACAGAGUCUUGGACAGCCAUGCAAGCUGUAAUGAAAGUAAAAACAUUUCAGAUAAUAGUUAUGCAGGGCAUUGUUGGUUCAUUACCAUGGACUGCUAUGGUGUUCUUCGCCAUGUGGUUUGAAUUAAUUGGUUUCAAUCAUAAUAGCACGGCAUUUCUCCUAAGUCUCUUUGCUAUUGGGUGUGCACUUGGAUCCCUUGUUGGUGGAUUGAUAGCAGAUCGAAUGUCACGUACUUACCCUCACUCUGGCCGAAUCAUAUGUGCGCAGUUCAGUGCCUUCAUGGGCAUACCAUUCUCUUGGUUUCUGCUCAAAGAAAUUCCAUUAUCAGUAAACAGCUAUCACAUUUUUGCUGUUACAGUUUUCCUGAUGGGCCUGACUAUCAGUUGGAAUGGCACUGCUGCAAAUGCACCAAUGUUUGCUGAAGUCGUUCCUGUGAAACACCGAACUAUGAUUUAUGCAUUUGAUCGCGCUUUCGAAGGAUCUCUCUCUUCUUUUGCUGCUCCUUUGGUUGGAAUUCUUUCUGAAAGAAUGUUCGGGUAUGAUUCAAAUUCUAUUGAUCCAGUUAAAGGUUCUGUGCAGCAGGCUUCUGCAUUGUCAAAAGGGCUUCUUUCAAUGAUGGCAGUUCCAUUUGGUUUGUGCUGUUUGUUCUAUAGUCCACUGUAUAAGUUUUUUAGGCAAGAUCGUGAAAAUGCUAGAAUCGCAUGUUCAAAAGAGGCAGAGAUGAUAUGACAGUGCCUCGUAUUGUUCGAGGUCUAGAUUAUGUGAAUACUGACACGCCAUAUUUUUGGUUCAAGCAAUCAGUUUAUGUUUGUCUUCGUAAAAACAUCCCACGUUCUGGGGAUUUAAUGAGUUUACAGACUAGCUUUUAUGGAUCAA